GCAAAUUAAAACAUAAAUAUAUUUGCCAGGGAACAAGGCAACAUGGAGCCUACGACGAGCCGCAACGCGAGCACGGGUCAGGUCAGCAGGUGGGCGUCUUUCAAGAUACGUACACUGGUAAACGCGCAUCAGUCGGCCGUGUUCGUGGUGCACAACGUGGUGGGCUACCUGUUGAUGCUGGCGGUGAUGGUGUACAACGUGCAUCUGCUACUCGCAGUAGUGUUCGGCAUGAUGCUCGGUUAUUUCCUGUUCGGCACGCAGCUCACACGCUUGCAGAUGCAGUGCUUCAGUACCAAAAGAGUCAUCAUAUGCACUCCUGAAUGCGAUGAUACCGCGGAAAACACAACACCACCUCUAUUAGACUCGUCGUUAAGCUCAGAAUCGGACUUCUUCAUCUGCCAGACACGCACGUGCAUACAACCGUCGCACUACUUCCCCUCCACGCCGCAAGAUGGCGCCGGCGAGAGCAGCUGCCACUACGGCGCCAAGAAAUGCCCCUCAAAAGUAGCACGGGUCAAGAAAACUCAACCCCAUUGCCACACAGAGAAUGAGAAAGAAGAUACUCCCAGUGUGGAAGAUGUUGAACUCUUGAGGUCGGAGAGAUCGUGUUGGAAGCAAGACCCACCGCCAGAGGAGAAGUGUUGCGGUAAAGAGGUCAAGGCGGUGGUUCACGAGCCAAAGUCUUGUUGUAAAAAGAAAGAAGAUGAAGACAGACAAGAAGUGAGAGAGCAGAGUCCUCAAAUAACGUGCUGCCAUAAUAAGAAGACUUCUACUGAGAGUCAAGAGCAGAUUGUGAAGUGACUUCGUUUCUGUUUCGUAUACAGGGUGAUGUGAAAUUGAUAAGUUUUAAGAAAUGAUUAGGGCGCUGUCUUUCUCUCUAAUGUUUGAAUACUUGAAUAAUUUAUGUCUAUACUUUGUGGGUCGUCCGUCCUUAUGUAAAAGGCCUUCGGGUGUCUUGUCUUUCUUACGCACAGGGCAUCAAGCGUCGCCGCGUCCAGAACAAAAAGAAUACGUACUAUAUUAGUUAUGUCGAUUGCUUUGUGGGCAAUUAAGACAGUGAAUUAUGUAAUAAUAUUGAUGAGUUUGAGUUUAAUGAAAGAAAUUGAUAAAAGCUUUUAGAAUAUAAAAUAGAAAGAGUGCUUUAUGGUAUCGUGACAAGACAAUAAAUUGUCUAUGGAAAGGCUGUGCCCAAUAUUAAAUAUGACCGAUGAUUACUCAAUGGAUUUUGUGCAAAUACGACCUGUUUCAAAAGGGCCUUUAAUACAGAUAAUAAUGUAGUGAAUGUCUUUGGGUCUAUUUAAAUAAUGUUUUGCAAUAAUAAUCUUGCCCUA